AAGUUGAGGGUAACAAUGGACACGCAAAUCAUUGACUUUGUAAAAACUAGAUUCGGAUGUGCUGCAACAUGGAAUCGACUCUUUGAUGAAACGAGCAAGGGAUAUUGAAACCAUAUGGAAGCGAAUUAAGCUAGGCUGCAAAUAUCCUUACAUUUUGAAAAUUCGAUUGACAGACGACUCUCAAUUACUGGGGACUUUGGCUUUGGUAGACCUCCUUGAACCACGGUUUACAGCCCCACCAAUGACUACCAUGCCGAGUUUCUAUUACUCGUUUUCCAACUUUCGCGAUGUUGUACGUUCCAUGAUCGACACUUCUUUUCAAGGCCAUAUUGCUACAGAGAGCUAUGUUCUCACCAAAAUAUUGUCUGAAUAUUUUUCCGGUUCAGCCAAAGUCCUUUUGUGCGUCCAUAUUGACGAAUACCCGAUGAAAAAUGCAGAAGAGACAUUGGAACUACUGAGUUUCACAGAAUCUUUACGGGGCAUUCAAUGUCGAGUGCUUCGAAAUAAGCUCGAUACCCGUGUUCCGCGCUAUCGUCAUACCAUAGAGGAAGCCAAACGCGGAUACGAACAUGAAUGGAAAUGCCGCUCAGAAUUAGAAUCAAACUUGCAAACUGUGGAACACGAAUUGGCCACUCGCAAUGCCCAAUUGGAAACUUUGAGCGAUACAGUGGACGAUCUCAAGCACGCUCUGUCAAGAGCAGAGGUAGAAAAUACACAGUUGCUGCUCAGCAAACGGAUCAAAGAGUCGGAAAUAAGACAUUUGAAAGAAACGCACACGCUGGACUUGUGCGUGAUAUCUGAUGAAUUACGAAGAACAAAGAUCGCCGCGCUCCAGUUUCGCGAGGAAAGGAAUAAGCUCAAGGCUUCAUUGACAAUGCUAAAAGAUUCUGUGGCACUAAAAGAGGAAACUGUUGAAGCAUUGGAAGUUAAAUUGAGUAGCGCUGCUGCACAUAUUGAAAAAUUGACGAAUCAAAAUGACGCCCAAUUGAAAGAACUGCAAAAUGCCGAACAAUUGUUCAACGCCAUGCGAGCUUCUUACAAAGAAAAGCAGAACAAGGCGAAAAACAACUGGACAUCGACAAAGCAACAAUAUGAAACACAAAUCAAAGAACUACAAACUGAGCUUGAGGACGCACAAAAACUGGCCAUGUUAGAGACACAAUCGAGCAGUUCCCAGAUAAUUGCUGAAUCGCAAAACCAGUUGAGAACGCAAUUGGAAAGUUGCAGAAUGCAGCUUGAUCAAACACGCCAACGAGCUGAACGAUCAGAAUAUCUCUUGAAAGAAGAAGUUGAUUGGAAUCAGUCUCAGAGCAAAUGGAUGCAAGAAGAACGCGAUCGCUUGCUACAUCUUGUCCAGCAAUUAAGGGAGCAAGUCUCUCUAAAGCUUGCAGAAGAUGACUCUAUUGCCGUGUCACCGGCAGCCUUCCCUACUCGUCGAAGGAGAACUACCGUAGAGCCACCUAAAUCUGAACACACACUCCAAGUGGAUAGUGCAGACGAAGAGGUAGAAACCGAAGAACUGAAAAAGAGAAAGCCAGUUCAGCCGAAAAGGAAGCCCAGCCGACCGCGUAAGGCAAGCACAUCAACCACAGAUCGGCCGAAUAUUCCUGCAUCUACCAAAGGAAAAGGUCCUUUGAUCAACAGACAGUUGUCGGUCGAGCACAAAAAGAAGCCUGGACGACCACCAAAACAUCCACCAAGCACAUCGACCACGGUUCCCACAACUCAUACAUCUGCCGUAGAAGAAGAAGAAGAAGACCCUGCGAUCAAUAGGCAGCUGUCAGUUGACUUUGUUGCAGAAAGCCGAGCUGAAACACCUGUCGAAUCUGUGCCUGAACAGGAACAUGACAAAAACGAUGACGAUCAAGAGAAGGGUCAGAAUGUAGGUAUGGAGAGAGAAACCGAACAUCUGGAGAUUCUCUCGGGGUCUGAGCGGUCUCCCGAACUCGGUAUUGCCCAUCACGCCGACAGCAUUGAACCAUUACAGAUUCCACCGCGAGAUAUACCAGACGCCCAACCUGACGGAAGCAGCCGGGCGUCAUCAUGUGCUCCUUCCAGCAGCCAGCAAUCCACCUCUUCACAGCCAAGAAAACGGCGAAAACUGUCCAUGCGCAAACGUAAAGAAGCGAUCACCGAAGAAGGGUGUUUGAGUCCUUUAUCGGAGCUCCUCAAGAAGAACGAGCUUUAGCAAAAUUUCAUUUCCACAUUCUCAUUAUCUUUUGCAUCAACUAGUAAAUCUUUGUAAAUACUACUGUCGGCAUUAUGUGUAUGGUGUUUUGAUUAGGGGGUAUCCAAGUUGUUAAAUAAUAUGUUUUGAGUACCAUCUUGCUG